AUGGCGAGCAGCCCGCUGCCCGGCCCCACCGACAUCUUGCUGCCGUCGCCGUCCAGCGCGUACCCACCGGAUUCCAUGAACCAGCCGAGAGCCGGCCACGCCACUAUGAAGCCCAACCAGGUGGGGCAGGUGAUCCUCUACGGCAUCCCCAUCGUCUCCCUGGUCAUCGACGGGCAAGAGCGGUUGUGUCUGGCGCAGAUCUCCAACACCCUCCUCAAAAACUUUAGCUAUAACGAAAUCCACAAUCGUCGGGUGGCCCUGGGCAUCACCUGCGUGCAAUGUACGCCGGUGCAGCUGGAGAUCCUUCGCCGGGCGGGGGCCAUGCCCAUCUCCUCCCGCCGCUGCGGCAUGAUCACCAAGAGGGAAGCAGAGCGGCUCUGCAAGUCGUUCCUGGGGGAGAACCGGCCCCCAAAAUUGCCGGAUAACUUCGCCUUCGACGUGUCACAUGAGUGCGCCUGGGGCUGCCGCGGUAGCUUCAUCCCGGCCCGCUACAACAGCUCCCGGGCCAAGUGCAUCAAGUGCAGCUACUGCAGCAUGUACUUCUCCCCCAACAAGUUCAUCUUUCACUCCCACCGCACGCCGGACGCCAAGUACACCCAGCCCGACGCCGCCAACUUCAACUCCUGGCGCCGCCACCUGAAGCUCACCGACAAAAGCCCCCAGGACGAGCUGGUCUUCGCCUGGGAGGAUGUCAAGGCCAUGUUCAACGGCGGCAGCCGCAAGCGGGCCCUGCCGCCAGCACCGCCGGCCCCCGCCGCCGCUGCCCCCGCCGCCUGCCACCCGCUGGGCUCAGUGAAGGCUGCGGCCGCCGUGGUGGGCGGCGGGUUGCUGAGCCCGCACCUCUUGGCCGCCCCGCCGGAGCUGCACCAGAAACGUCCGCGCUUCGAGGAGGAUGAGGAGCUGCAAGAAGCCGUGGCGGCGGCGGCGCACGGUGGGAAGAGCCCACGGAGCUACCCUGUCAUCCCAGUGCCCAGCAAGGGCUCCUUCGGCGGCGUGCUCCAGAAGUUCCCGGGCUGCGGGGGGCUCUUCCCGCACCCCUACGGCUUCCCCGCCGCCGCCUUCGGCCUCUGCCAUAAGAAGGAAGAAGGCGGCGGCAGUGGGGCCGAUGCCCUCGGCGGGGCGGCAGCGCACAAAGCCGGUGGGGCGGCUGCGGGCGGCGGCCUCUCGGGGCUCUUUUGGCCUGGUAGAAAGGACGCCGCCUUCUACCCGCCCUUCUGCAUGUUCUGGCCGCCCCGUACACCCGGCGGGCUGCCGGUGCCUACCUACCUGCAGCCGCCGCCGCAGCCCCCCGGUGCCCUGGGCUGCUCCCUGGGAGACGGGGCCGGCUUGCUGCGACAGGCCUUCCUGGACCUGUCAGAGCCCAGCGGCGAGACGGGGGGCGCGGGGCUGGGCACCGGGGCCCCGGGGAUGGGCACCCCGCCAGCCUCCGCCCCGCCGCCCGCCGCCGCCGCCGCCGCAGCCGCCGCCAGGGACCCGCUGUUCGAGUCGCCCCCUGGCGGCAGCGCGGAGCCCUCCUCUCCGUCCGCUUCCGAGGGCACCGGCGGCGGGCGGGUCCCCACGCACCAUCCGCACCUGCUGGAAGGGGCAGGCGGGCGCAAGGGGGGCGGGGGAUACCACCACUCCAGCGCCUUCCGUCCGGUGGGCGGUAAGGAAGACUCGGAGAGCUUGGCCAAGCUGCACGGCGGCGGCCCGGCCCGCUCCUCCUCGCCGCCGCUACAGCUCCUGCUGCCGCCGCCGCCGCCGCCACCCGAGGAGGCGGGAUGCGAUCGCCAUCCGCUACCCCCGCCACCGCACACCCCGCACCGCCUCCUGUCCCCCGGCGGCACCAGCUGUAGCUUCGCCAGCGAAGACAGCAGCGAGGAGGAGGAGGACGAGGAGGAGGAAGAUGAGCCCGAGGUGGACGUCGAGGGGCACAAACCCCCUGAAGAGGAGGAAGAAGACGAGGAGGAGGAGAACGGCGAGGAAGACCCUCGCGGCGGAGACACCUUGGCUGCCAGCAGCCGCUUCGCUCCCGGCCGGGGCUUACCGGAGAAGAGCGGGCGGGAGCGCCCCGUCGGCGGCCCUUUCCCCCGGCCGCCCGGUGAUGAGAAGCCCGGAGAAGGCCAAGCCCCGCCGCAGCCGACUGCCAGGGUGGGCAGCAGCGGCAGCAGUCCGGCGCACCACCCUGCACUGGAGGAGCCGGCCUCCUACAAAGAUAAUCAGAAGAGCAAGGAAAGUAAUCAGGUCGUCAUGCCCACGAAAGAGGACACCUUUUCAGAUAAGAACAAGGAGCAUAAUUUUUUCAUCACAGACUCAGAACCUUCAGGAGGAGACUUUUGGAGAGAUAUAGCAGGUGAACAUACCCAAGAAACCAAUUCACCUCAUUCACUAAAGAAGGAUGUGGAAAACAUGGGGAAAGAGGAACUCCAGAAGGUUUUGUUUGAACAGAUCGACUUACGGAGGAGACUAGAACAGGAGUUCCAGGUGUUGAAAGGAAAUGCGUCUUUCCCAGUCUUCAAUAAUUUUCAAGAUCAGAUGAAGCGGGAACUGGCGUACAGAGAAGAAAUGGUACAGCAGUUACAAAUUAUUCCCUAUGCAGCAAGCUUGAUCAGGAAAGAAAAGCUCGGCGCACACCUCAGCAAAAGCUAA